AUGCAAAACAAAGCCCGCGAGUUUAUGGACCAGUAUGUGCCAAGGAAAUGCUCCACAAGCAACAGUUUCAUUGGGGCCAAGGAUCACAAGUCCAUCCAGAUGAACGUGGCCAAGGUUGACAAGGUCACAGGCAGAUUUAAUGGCCAAUUUAAAACUUAUGCAAUUUCUGGAGCAAUUUGUAGAAGGGGAGAAUCAGACGACUCUAUUCUCUGGCUGGCAAAAAAUGAUGAUGUUGUUUCAAAGAAUUUCUAA